CGCCCUCUGGUCUAUUGUUUCUGCCUCGCUCGCUCUUCUGCAUCCCCGGGCGGACGGAUCCGAGGAAAAUGGCGGACGGUGUGGAUCACAUCGACAUCUACGCCGACGUAGAGGAGGAAUUUAGCCAGGAACCGGAGUACCCGCCUCACGAGCAGAUCGAUUUGUACGACGACGUAAUAUCCCCGUCAGCCAAUAACGGAGAUGCUCCAGAAGACCGUGACUACCUGGACUCGCUCCCCGCCCCAGGAGGCACGGAGGGGGGAAAGAGUGCGCCGUCCAACGUGGUGUACACCUACACGGGCAAAAGGAUAGCCCUGUAUAUAGGAAACCUGACAUGGUGGACAACAGAUGAAGAUUUGACAGAAGCGAUUCGGUCGAUAGGCAUCACAGAUUUGCUGGAGAUCAAGUUCUUUGAAAACCGAGCCAACGGUCAAUCAAAAGGGUUCGCUCUGGUGUCUGUUGGUUCAGAGGGGUCGUCCAGAAAGUUAAUGGAUCUGUUGUCUAAGAGGGAACUCCACGGACAGAAUCCCAUUGUCACGCCGUGCAAUAAACAAUCUCUGAGUCAGUUUGAGAUGCAGUCACGCAAAAUGGAGGAAUUCCCAGUGUACAGCAGGAAUUGGGAUAGGCAAAUAGAAGCACGUGAGUUUGUUCAUCUCUUCUCCGAUUAUGCAGGUACCCAGUCAGGCCAGAUGUCUGGGGAGGGUAAAGCUGGGCCUCCUGGUGGCGGCCGUGGCGGGUUCCCGAUGGGCAGCCGCAGCAAAGGCAGGUUCCCCGGACCUCCUGGUCCUGGAAACGACCGCUUCCCUGGUCCCGUAGGCCCCGGAGGCCUGCCACCCCACUUCCCAGGCUCGGGAAUGAGACCAGAUCUGGUUAGCCACCAUGAUGGCCCUCUGAUGGAAAUGAAUUUCAAUCCCUUCCCGCCGGGGGGCAGGAACGGGAGCUGGCAUAGCAGAGGUGGGAUUCAGGGUCCUCCUCGCCCUCCUCCUGGCCCACCUGGCCCCCCGGGACCCCCAGGUCCUCCACCUCCUGGCCAAGGCCUACCUCCUCCUCUUCCUGGUCCCCCAAAUCGUGGCGACAGGCCUCCUCCCCCUGUUCUCUUCCCUGGUCAGUUUGGUCAGCCGCCCAUCGGACCUCUUGGGCCCCCAGGCCCUCCUCCCGCAGGUUACGUCCCACCUCCCGGUCCCCCACCCCCACACCAGGGCCCACCUCCUCCAGGACCCUUUCCCCCCCGGCCUCCAGGCCCUAUCGGACCCCCACUGGCUUUGGCUCCACCACCACAUUUGCCUGGCCCUCCUCCAGGUGGGCCCCCACCCGCUCCUCAUGUGAACCCCGCCUUCUUCCCUCCUCCUGGAGGGAACAACAUGCCGCCCAAUGACAGUCGAGGCCCCCCGGGGCCAAACGACCCGUACGGACGGCCGCCACCGUAUGACUCCAGAGAUUACGGUCCUGGACGAGGAGACAUGGAGUCGUCCCGGGGCCCUCUGAAUGAGGCAGAGUUUGAGGAGAUCAUGAACAGGAACAGAGCCAUCUCCUCCAGUGCCAUAUCCAGGGCUGUGUCUGAUGCCAGCGCAGCUGAUUAUGGCAGUGCCAUCGAGACUUUGGUGACCGCCAUCAGUCUGAUUAAGCAGUCCAAGGUUUCUGCAGACGACCGCUGCAAAGUCCUCAUCAGUUCCCUGCAGGACUGUCUUCACGGUAUAGAGUCAAAGAGCUACGGCUCUGUGUCGAGACGAGAACGCUCCCGGGAACGCGACCAUAGCCGCUCCAGAGAAAAGAGCCGGCGGCACAAGUCCCGCAGUCGAGACAGGCACGAGGAUUAUUACCGAGAGCGCAGCCGGGAGCGCGACCGCCACCGCGAGAGGGACCGGGACAGAGACCGCGAACGAGAGAGGGAGCGGGAGUACCGGCACCGCUAGUGGACGCCACAGCUCACGAGGAUCAAGGAUGGAAGGAAGGAAAAGGAGGAACGCUCUCAGUGCACCAUCAACCCCACUCACCCUGCAUGACCGGACAGGACUACUACUACCACCUCUUCCUGCACCCCCCCUUCCAUGUCUCCUCUCUUGUCCUUCUCCACCCAUCCUUCUCUCUCUGUUGUCUGCCUGACUAAGAGCAGCUGAUGGAAGACCCUCACCUAUGUAAGGCUUUGUUGUCCAAAUGUCAAUAUUCAUAACUAAAGAUGAAAGAAAGUCUUUCCAAACGCUCUUUUAUUUUUGUUUUAUUUGAUAUAAAGACUAGUAUGUGUGAUGCUUUUUUUUUUUUUUUUUUUUUGCAAAGAAACAAUAAAAUGGCCGUGCGAUCCUAAAAUAGACAAAUUUUUUUUUUUUUUUUUUUUUUGGCUCGCUGUACUAUGUAAAUUCGGUACAGGCAAGUUUUUAUAGAGCUCGUGUUUGACGUUUUCUCUCUUUCUCAUAUUCUCAUUUCUUCUUCCUGGUUAGUGCGUUUGUAAAUGUCUCUGAUUUUUGAUUAAAAACCUAGAAGGUGUUGUAAUAAAAAUGUUUGCUGAGGUCCACUCAUCUGGUGAAUUUCUCUAUAUGUUUGGUUUGUUUAUAUUAAAUGUAUUUUUGCACUGAAUUUUUUUCUUUUAUAUAUAUUUAUGAGUCUAAGUUCACCAGUUAAAUGAUCCUAUUCUUUGACAUUUUGUUUCUCUUCAAAUGGAUGGAGUUUUUCCAAGGUAAGAUGAACAUGAAUGUAUUUUUGAAUGCAAAUGGGUCGCUGUGAACCAAAAUGGACGCUCAUUAGGAUCAUUUUUGGAAACCACACGGUAAAUCAACAACAUGCCACUUUUUUGCUGUGUUGCUUCUGACAUGUUCAUGUGCCAUUAUGCUGAAAAGUUAAAACUGAUCAGGACAAAAUGCUGUAGUACCCUUUCGUCAUUGUGAGCAAUAUUGUUCCAUUUUAUUACCCAUUUUUCUUUUAGUCCGCUGUUGUAAGAACCGAUGCACGUUCAGGAGAGAAGUUUACAUCCACUCAUCGUGGCCGCGAUUCAGUCAUUUUGGGGCCUUUCAGGACGUAUUGGAACACUUCUCUUUCACGGUGGGCUCAACGUUCAAUUUUAUCAAGUUUUACGAACAAAAAUUAGGUGAAAGCUUUGAAAUAAAUUGAUUUUUCCCAGGUCAACGCAGGGUCACAAUUGUAUAUGCACCCCAGUAUUUGGAUAAAUCUCCCUUAAGUUGCAGGUAAACUGCAGCUUAUGUAGUCUUCCAUGAGUUGCUGGCAUAAAAUGGUUGGAUAUAUAACUCUUAUCAGAAAUCCUUUAAAUUUGUUUUUGUUUAUUUGGCGCUGAGUUGGUGCAGCACGGCCUGUUUCAGAAACAAUGUCUGCAUCAUGGAGUCAAAACUCAGUUUUGUUUUGAGUGUUGGAUCAGUUUCAAACAUCUAGCUGUCGGUCUGAGGUGAGGCUGAACCUGCAGUUGACCUUUCCCACAGCACAAUGCCGCCACCACCAUGCUUGGCAGUUUAUACAUUAAGUUUAAAACGCUUGUUUUUGAGGUUGAACAGCUUAAUUUGUCUCCUCUGUUUAGAAGCCAUAUGGCGUGUGGAUGUUCUAGGCCUUGCAUAUGCAGCUUUGACCCUAUGGGAAAGAUCUGUGCCCCCAGUUCUAGUUUUUCUUAAUUCCACCAUGGAAAAAAAAGAAUUGUUCCAAUGCGUCACUAAAGCCACAAACUAUUACAUUGUCAUGCCCAUGAGUGUAUGUAAACUUGUGACCAGAACAAUAUUCCUUGCACCUAAAAAGGUUGUCGAUUGCCACUGGGUGCAGCAGCUCUCUCACAUCACCACCCAUCCUGUUAAUGUGUUACAUUUGUGUGUCUGUGACCGUCCAUUAUGUUACAUAAAUCUCUUUACAUUUUAAGGAAGUGUUUUUUAAAAAGUGCUGUCCUUGUUAAGUUUUGAGCUGCUCCUACCGUGUCUCUACAGAUAUCAAGUUUUUUUGCAUUUUUACUUAAGUCACAUGUGCAUAAAAACAAAUAUUCAAAUAAGAAAAAAAACACUUUGUAAUUGUUUUUUUUCUUCCCUUGACAUUGCUUACUGUUAUCUCAGCGUAAUUUAUUAUUAUUUUUAUUUUUUUUUUAGCUGUAAUCUGAAAUUUUACAUUUUGAAUGUUUGGGUCGGGAGAUUGACUUUACUAGGCUGAUAGUGAAAAGGGAUUUGAAAGCAAGCUUGUAUCCUGAUGAUGGUAUAUUAAAUAGUGUUAUGUGUUCUUGAAUGUUCAUCCCAAACCUCUUUAAUGACCUUGUUAACUCGGUAAACAGUCAGGAAGGUUUAUUACGUUUUUAAAGAACGGUAAGAACUUUUUAAACGGUCAGCAGAUAUUAGGUUAAUGUUUUAAACGUUUGAGAACGGUGGCACUUUUCAAGUGAAAAUGUUCAAACAUAAUUGGCUGCUCUUGUUUUUGUGCUGCUGUAUUUAAAGAAAAAUGAUUCUAAAUUGUUUAUCAUGUCCAUAAACAUGUUGGCAUAAAUCCUCAGGGUUGUAGUUAAAACUGCAGGUCAGCUUUGCCAGCCUUUCCCCCCUACAGCUCUAAGGUAAGUGUUGUUAGGUCUGUCUGGACAGGGGAUGAAGAAACAAGAAGUCCGAAUGGCUGAUGCUUCAAGCAAGACAAUGUCUGUUGCAAAACAUGAAAAGUAACUUUUUAAAGAUAACUUUGGGAUUUUAACUUAUUGUAAAUGUGCAACUGUUUAAUCUUGAAUAACUUUUCUACUAGAUGAAAACAGGAAAAAGUCAUUUAAUUGAUUUUACUGAUGAUACGCUUGAGUUUGGGAGGUAUUGGGGUUGUACUGGACCGGUUCUGUUUGGUAUAACACGGUUAACUGGCAUGAACUCCGGUUUAGGUUAAGUGAAGGAUUUUUGUAAUGGGUUGAGAUGAUUAGCCUUAGGAACAGGGUGGUGGUUGACUAAUUUGCUGGUUUUUAUUAAUAAAACCCUUUUACAUUCA